GAAAAACCAGAACCCCUUCCUCUGUUCAAUCCUCGUAACCACUGAUUCCGUUUCGCGGCCGUAUCCACCAUGGCAACCAGCCUUGAUCUGAAGUCCUCUUAUGUGCAAAUUGUCAAUGGCCAAAGCGCUCCCACAGCCACAACUCGGCACGGCUUGAACCCUGCUAAUGGUCAGGCACUACCGGAGGUUCCAGUGGCCACCGAGGCCGAUCUUGAUCGCGCAGUGCAGUGUGCCAAGGCCGCAUUCAGAGGCUGGUCGACGACUCCUUACGAACAGCGACGGAGAGCCGUGCUGGCCUUUGCCGAUGCAAUCGAAGAGAACUACACUGGGUUUCGAGAACUGCUGACUUUGGAGCAAGGAAAGCCGAUCCCACAAGCGACCGCAGAGAUGGACAAUACCAUCUCUUGGAUGCGGGGGAUGGCCGACCUGCAGCUUCCCGAGGAGGUCGCCCACGACGAUGAUUCUCACACGGUGAUUACUCGAUAUGUGCCUCUGGGCGUGGUCGGCGCCAUCGUGCCCUGGAAUUUCCCCAUGAUGCUUGCUACAGGCAAGAUCGCCCCCGCGCUCCUGACGGGAAACGUGAUCAUAGUGAAACCCUCGCCUUUCACCCCGUAUGGGGGGCUCAAGCUUGUGGAGUUGGCCCAGUCGUUCUUCCCUCCGGGAGUGGUGCAGUCUCUGAGCGGCGACGACAGUCUGGGUCCAUGGAUGACCAGCCAUCCAGGCCUUGACAAGAUCAGCUUCACCGGUUCCACCGCAACCGGUAAGCGGGUGCUGCGGAGUGCGAGUGACACCCUGAAAAGAGUCACCCUCGAGCUCGGCGGCAAUGACCCUGCCAUUGUUUUCCCCGAUGUCGACGUAGCGCGUACUGCGGAAAAGAUUGCCUUUUUCGCCUUUCUCAACUCGGGCCAAAUCUGCCUGAACAUCAAGCGCAUCUACGUCCACAAGUCAAUCUUCGAAGAAUUCAAGGCCGCCCUCGUCCGCGCCGUGAACGCAUUCUCGCUGGGAGACGGCUCCCAGCCGGGAAUCACCCACGGUCCCCUCCAGAACGAGAUGCAGUAUUCCCGCGUCAAGACGUUCUUUGACGAGAUCAAGACCGAGGGCUGGCAGGUCUGUGUGGGCGGUGCCAUUGACCAACCUUCGACCGGUGGAUAUUUCCUUCCCCCCACCAUCAUCGACCGGCCGCCCGAUUCGUCCCGCAUUGUGGUGGACGAGCCCUUUGGUCCGAUUGUGCCCCUUCUCUCGUGGGAGGAGGAAUCCGAGGUCAUCGAGCGGGCCAACAACAGCCUGCUGGGGUUGGGCGCCUCCGUCUGGACGGAGGAUUUGACCCGCGCCGCCCGUGUUGCGCGCCAACUCGAGGCCGGAACGGUGUGGACAAAUAAUCAUUUUGCUCUGUCCCCCGCGAUCCCAUUUAGCGGCCACAAAGAGAGUGGUCUGAGCGUCGAGUGGGGGCUCGUCUGCAAUGUCCAAAGUCUUUUCCUGCACAAAAAGCAUGCAUAAGCCCCCCCGCCCCGGGGCAACUUGAGCUUUGGUACUCGAUGGUUGGGAAGGCAUUGGAGCCCCGGAGAUCGAAGUGAUGUACCUUUCCCGUUUGAUUCGCUUGAUAUGCAAUGAUAUAUGCCUUUACGGGCUUGGGGUACUCCCCUCAGCUCCUUCAUAAUUCGCGUUU